AUGCCUAUGUAUAAAAAUGAGACAGAAGAAUUUGUCUUUGAAGCUGAAGAAGAGUACCAGCUGUGGCUCACAAACAACUCAGCUUGCCAUGCCAACUGGGUCGUUCAAAACAGCAACAAGUCGAAGAGAAAGGUUCCUGUUGGUGCUUUGAUCAAUCCCAAUCUGAUCAAAGUAACUCAGUAUAUUAAAUGCGAUUAUUCUGGCACAAAGGCAAAGAGUUCGAAGAAGCAAGCAGUUGAAAAUGAUGAGCUCCCUGUUGUUAAGCAUAGAAAUACCACAGGUAACAGCAUCAAGGUGGGAUGUUUGGCUGCCUUAGUUGUUAAGUUCCUUAAUGGUGGUAAAAUCAAUGAACACUUUGAGAAAAAUCUUGACUGGAAAGCCAUUAAGGGACUUCUAAGACUAGAAGAUGUAAAACUAGAAGAAAUGGAGAACUCUAUGUCAAUGACAUCUAUUCCUUCUGCAAUGAUGAUACAGUAUAAAAAUGUUCAUAAUGCGAUUGUAGCUAGAAUCACCAACAGUACUAGAAAGCACUACAAAGAUGAGAUAAAAAAGGGCUACCAAACUAUGUUUGACACAUAUAAUUCUGUUGGACCUCUUCUUUUUUUAGAAAAUGCAGAGGAGUGGUAUCUUGACUCAACCCACAAAACCUGCAAGUCUUUCCUUGACAACAAGGACUGUUAUUUGAUGUCUGUGGCCAUAUACAACCCUGUAACUAACAAGGGAGUUCCAGUUGCUUUCUUUGUUAUCAGUAUCGAAUGUAGUUAUACCAUUGCAAGAUGGUUGAACUGGUUGAAAGACACCAAUAGCUUGAAGGUCAAACAGAUCAUGAUUGACUGUAGCCCAAUAGAGCAGAAGGCUAUCCGGGAUACAUUUGGACCUUCAGUGACAAUCUCCAACGCCCACCUUGAGACCAAGAAUGUCCGGGCCAACAUUUGUGCUGCAUUGAACUUGAUAAUGCAUAGCAAUAAUGAAGCCGACUACAAUGCUCAUUGGCAAAAGUUCAGAUUAGACUAUGGCAUGCAGUUUCCUGUCUUAAUGUCUUAUAUGGAGGUUACAUGGGAACCAAAGAAAAAAAGUUGGGAUGCUGUAUGCCAUACAAACAAUUUGAUAGAGUCUUAUCAUACCCAACUAAAGUCCUUUUAUUUAGGCUGGUCUCACGACUGUAGAAUUGACAGGAUUAUAUAUAUACUUUCUCAGUUAGCUGAGAGAGAUUACCGUCAGGAUACCCUUGAGACCUAUUUUGGUAUUAAGAGCAUCAGGCUUAGUGUGGCUGACACAGAACAAAAGAGAAAGGCCAGUGUUAUUGCUAUCGAAAGAGCAAAUGGUCUGGUUGAAGAAGUUGAACCGCAAGAAUUGCAAGCAUACAAGAUGUAUUCUUGCAAAUCUUUUGGAGAGCGUUGUGAACUGGUAUACUUUAUCAAGUUCACAACCCACUUACAUGAUUGCUCUUGCCCAGACUCUGCUAGAUUGUGCAAACAUAUCUUCUUGGUCUCUCGAGUUUUUGACCUGCCAGUGACAGUAAGACGAAAUGUUGUACUGGAUUCAGCUGUGUUGUUUGGCCUUGAUAAUAUUGCCUUGUUGGAAAACCAAAUGAGCAAAGAUGAGCAGAAAGCAAAUCUUCUGCUUAUGAAUGAAAGUUUGGAGAGAAUUUGGAAGCAGGUGUAUACCUCUUCCAAAACCUUUGAGCAAAAAGAAGUCUUGUUGGACCUUAUGAAGAAGACAUCAAAUUUCUACUCUCUUCUUUAA